AUGCCUCAUUUCACGGUCGAGGCCGCGGGAGAAGCGAGCCCUAUGACUGAGAAUCUCGUCUUCAGAACUCUGGAGCGUGCCUCAGGACCGAAUGCACAAUUCAUCCAGACUGCUACCCAACAGCUGUCGAAUUGGGAGACCCACGCCGGCUAUUACUCUGCCCUCCAAGACGUGUAUGCUAAUCUCAACUACCACCAGAAUAUCCGGUUUCAGGCCAUCAUCCAACUCAAAAAUGGUAUCGAUAAGUAUUGGCGCAAAACAUCCUCCCAUGUCAUCAGCAAGCAGGAAAAGCUCAAAAUACGCACCAAGGCUGUUGAUGCUGGGAUACGCGAGCCAGUGCCUCAGCUUGCGCUUCAAAAUGCUCUCAUGGUUGCUAAGAUUGUGAGAUAUGAGUUUCCUCAUGACUGGCCUGACAUCAUCACGCUUCUCAUCCAUCACAUUCGGCAGCCUCUCCCAAGCUCUCAAAAUCUUUCCAACGUCCUCAAUCUGACGCUUCAGAUCAUCAAAGAACUUGCUACCGCUCGACUGCAGCGCUCCCGAACCAGCCUUAGACAAGCAGCGCCGGAACUCUUUCACGUUCUUGGGACUCUCUAUGCAGGCCAUUCAUAUCGAUGGAUACCCUUCAUUCAGAACGGACAGGACAGUGGACCCUUCACCACGGACAGCAUGGUCGUGAGCUACUGCGCGCUCAAGACUAUCAGACGCCUCAUCAUUGCUGGCUUUGAGCAUCCUCAUCGAGACAAGGACGUGGAGCAGUUUUGGGUGGUCCUUCAGCAGCAAUUAGGGGAAUUCUGGUCAAUCGCGCAAUCCGAUCGGAUCAAGGAAGGAGAAUCGCCCUCCAAGGAAAUCGUUAUGAAGCAUCUCCUGCAGCUCUCGAAGCUACAUCUGGAAAUGGCGCGAACUCACCCUGCAGCUUUUGCCCUCCUCCCUGGCUGCGUCAAUCUCCUUCAGAGCUACUGGAGUCUCGUUAAGACCUUGGGUAAGCAGUGCGUGGACGAAAUGUCUACAAAUGCUUCGAGGGACUGGAGUGUGCGGGAAUCCGGGGAAAGGGUUGAUGAGAUACCCCCGCUGGAAAGACUAGCAUUGAAGGGACUACUUCUGUUUCGAGCCAUUCUGAAGCUGGCCUUUAAUCCUGUCCAAACUUUCAAGUAUCAGCAUGCUGAAGACAAAGAAGAACGGAAGCAGUCAGUCGACCUCAUUAAAUCCGACAUCUUGGUUGACUCUUUCGUACUGGAGGUACUGGAGGUUCUGAUCACCCAAUUCUUCGUGCUUCGACCGUCUGAUCUUCGGGAGUGGGAGGAGGAGCCAAGCGAAUGGGAGAAGCGAGAAGAGGAGAUUACGGAAGCGUGGGAAUUUUCUCUUCGGUCAUGCUCAGAGAAACUCUUCCUAGACCUCAUGAUCAACUACAAGGAAGUGCUGGUCCCAAGGUUGCUCGAAGUCUUCUAUCGCUACGCAUCGCUAGACAACAACGAUGUGUUCCUCAAAGACUCCCUGUACACUGCUGUGGGACUGGCAGCUCCAGUCCUGAACGACAAAUUCGACUUCAACGACUUUCUCAAAUCGACCUUGCUACCUGAAUCUCAGCUCUCACGUCCACAAUACAACCUCCUCCGUCGUCGAAUUGCAAUUCUACUUGGGCAGUGGACGCCUGUCAUACCGGAGACGAUGAACAAGCCGAUCGUUUACCAAGUAUUUGCGCGGCUACUCGGUGUUGAUGAGUUGAACGAUCAAGUAGUUCGUGUCACCGCAGGCCGGCAGCUUCGACCUGUCUUGGAGCCCUUCGAAUUUGCCUAUGAUGAGUUCGCGCCUUAUGCGACCACAAUCUUUCAAAGCCUCAUGGUAUUAAUUCGAGAGACGGAGCUCGUCGACACCAAAAUGGCACUUCUAGAGACAGUUCGCGUCGCGGUGCACAAAAUGGAGGCUCAUGUCGAGCCGUUCUCCAAUAGUAUCAUGGAAAUGUUGCCCACACUUUGGCUUGCCAGCGGCGACGAACAUCUGAUGAAACAAGCCAUCCUGACCAUGAUCACAGCCAUCACUACAGCUUUGACCAAGCAGAGUUUGAAGUACCAGUCGGACAUCAUUCCUCUCAUCCGUGACUCGGUCCAGCCAAAUUCCGAAUCGCUGGUAUAUCUAUUGGAGGAAGCGCUGGACCUCUGGUCGGCGAUGAUGCAGCAAACGCCGUCCAGCAAUCCCGCGCCUUCUGAAGAGCUACUGUCAUUGAGCAGUUGCCUACUGCCACUCUUAGACCUAGGUUCUGAUUCGCUACGUCUAGGCUUGGACAUCGUUGAAUCGUAUAUUUUAAUCUCACCAAGGACGAUACUCACCCCUCCGUUUCUCGGACCUCUGCUCUCAUCACUGAGCUUGUUGAUCGGCAGCCAGAACACUGGAAUUGGUUCGCCGCGACGGGAGAUUCCUCGAAUUACUCAAUUACUGGAAACACUUAUCAAGACGUUGUCGGUACCUCGCCACUUUCCCAACAAAGCAAUGCAGCUCCACGCCGCCCAGCACCUCAUCUCGAAUACCAUUGAGACAUCCUUCCUUCAAUCCUUCCUAUCAUUACUCAAAGAAGCAUACGACUAUCACCAGGACCCACGACCCUCCCGACCGACGCCAGCGAUCAUCGGUCCCACCGAAACGGAGCUCUUCUCGGUCCUUGCACGUUUAGCCCUCAUCAGUCCCAAUCUCUUCCUCGAAGCAGUCACUGCCGCUGGCGGCGAUAGAACAGUCACAUGGCUCAUCUCAGAAUGGAUCACGCACUUCGACAACAUUGGUGAUGUCUACCGCAAGAAACUCCACGCUCUGGCUAUCACGAAUCUCUUCUCGAUCAGCAAACCGCCUCCAGCGUUCAUGCUCGAGCAGCUGCAAUCCAUGCUGAGCAUCUGGACCGACAUCAUCACCGAGCUCGGCGAAGACGCACCUGAAGAGACCAAGCGCGAUUAUUUAUGGCAGCCAUGGAAUGCCAGCGAGCCAUCUGGACCGACGGGUGAAUGGGCAGAACAAAAUGAGGCGCCGGAGGAGGAACGGAAGAGAGAGGUGGCGAGGGUGGAUCCGACGAGUAUGAUCAACAUGCGGGAUUGUGUAAGGGAAACGAUUGAGGGCGUUAUAACUGGGGUUGGCGGGUCGGACACCUUUCGAAACGAGUGGUUGAGCAGGGUGGACGGCGCGGUGGUUAAUGCUUUUGCUGCGCUGGGACUGCUUUGA